AGCUGGCGGCGUGAUGGCUCCGUCCUAUCUCGUCCCCGCGGCGGUGGCGACGGCGGGCAUGGGGGCGAAGCAGCAGCAGCAGUAAGGUCAGAGGAGGGCGGCUGCGGGCCAUGCCAGCCAUGCUGUCCAGGAAGGGGAUCAUUCCGGAGGAAUAUGUGCUGACCCGGCUGGCCGAGGAUGUGCCGGAGCAAACCCGCUUCCGCGCCCGAGAGAGGAGGGCCCGCUUCGUGGGCAAGAACGGCGCGUGCAAUGUGGCGCACAAGAACAUCCGCGAGCAGGGCCGCUUCCUGCAGGACGUCUUCACCACGCUGGUGGACCUCAAGUGGCGUGACACGCUGCUCAUCUUCACCAUGUCCUUCCUGUGCAGCUGGCUGCUCUUUGCCAUGAUCUGGUGGCUCAUCGCCUUCGCCCAUGGCGAUUUGGACCACAACACGCAGCGGCUGCACCUGCCAGCCGAUGCAGCAGUGGGCUUUGUACCCUGUGUGACCGAGGUCCACUCCUUCACCUCAGCCUUCCUCUUCUCUAUCGAGGUGCAGGUGACCAUUGGCUUUGGGGGGCGCAUGAUGACAGAGGAAUGCCCAGCCGCCAUCCUCAUCCUCAUCGUGCAGAAUAUUGUGGGGUUGGUGAUCAAUGCCAUCAUGUUGGGCUGCAUCUUCAUGAAGACGGCCCAGGCACACCGGCGUGCCGAGACACUCAUCUUCAGCAAGCAUGCUGUGAUCGCCCUGCGCGGGAGCAAGCUGUGCUUCAUGCUGCGCGUGGGUGACCUGCGCAAGAGCAUGAUCAUCAGCGCCACCAUCCGCAUGCAAGUGGUGAAGAAGACCACCAGCUUGGAGGGAGAGGUGGUGCCCCUCAAUCAAAUUGAGAUCCAAAUGGAGAACCCGGUGGGGGGCAACAGCAUCUUCCUGGUCUCCCCGCUCAUCAUCUACCACGUCAUAGACAAGAAUAGCCCCCUGUACGACGUGGCUCCAGCCCAACUUCACCACCACGAGGACUUGGAAAUUAUAGUCAUCCUUGAAGGGGUGGUGGAAACCACUGGCAUCACCACCCAAGCCAGGACGUCCUACCUGGCGGAUGAGAUCCUCUGGGGCCAAAGGUUUGUACCGAUUGUGACAGAAGAGGAUGGGCAGUACUCAGUAGAUUACUCCAAGUUUGGCAACACAGUGAAGGUGCCUACUCCUAACUGCACUGCCAGGCAGCUGGAGGAAGACCGGAGUAUCAUGGACACCAUCUCCUUAUCACCUAGGGGCACCUUUAGGAAAAGAUCUGUUAGGUUAAAGCCCAAGUUUAGUAUAGCAGAUGAGCCUUCCUGACACACCCUGUAGAUCAAGCUCUUAUAUCUGACACCACAAACCUGAGAUGUCCUCUAUUUCUGUUAUUCAGGUUGUUUCUGCAAGGUAGGUAAGUUAUUAUCUGGUGCAAGGCAAAUGUAGGACAUGUGAGC